AUUUCUCAUUAAUAUUAAUUUCAAAUAAUCUAAUCGUACAAAUCUAAUCAUAGAUAAUUAUUACAAUGCGAUCAAAUUCAAAUCACCUUAGAAAUUUAUGAAAUUGCUGUAUGCAGAGAGUUGACGACCCAGUCAAGUCAAACUCAUCACUUGCCCUUAUCUAUCUACGUGCAUAAACCCAUUCUCAUAUGUAUCCAUCUUUAACAACCCAAAGAAAAGAGACGCAUCUUCUUCAAUUAUCCUGCCUCAAUGGAUCACCUAAAGCCAAAACCAGCAAAUUCAUUUCCUCUAACUCCGUUAUCCUUCCUUGAAAGAGCAUCAACUGUCUACGGUGAUUGUCCUUCUAUCGUCUACAACACCGCCACCUACACCUGGUCCCAGACCCACCGCCGAUGUCUCCAGUUGGCUUCCUCUCUCUCAUCCGGCGGCUUCACUCGGGGCGACGUCGUUUCCGUUGUUGCUCCCAACACUCCUCCCAUGUACGAGCUCCAAUUCGCCGUACCCAUGUCCGGUGCUGUUCUCAACAACAUCAAUACUCGCUUAGACGCGCGUACUGUCUCUGUCCUCCUUCGUCACAGCCAAUCGAAGCUCGUCUUCGUCGACUGCCUCUCACGUGAUCUUGUUCUUGAAGCUGUCUCUCUGUUUCCAUCUAGUGUUAAACGUCCUACGCUCGUCCUCAUCACUGAUGAUGAUGAGGCACCUGCAUCAUCGUCAACAUCGUCCUCCUCGACGGUUGACUUUUGUUGCACGUAUGAGAGUAUGGUGGAGAAAGGCGAUCCGGAGUUCAAGUGGGUCCAGCCGCAAAGCGAGUGGGAUCCGAUGAUUCUGAACUAUACAUCAGGUACAACCUCAUCUCCUAAAGGUGUAGUACACUGUCACAGAGGUAUUUACAUCAUAACCGUUGAAUCCUUGAUUGACUGGAACGUUCCUAGACAACCUGUAUAUCUGUGGACCCUUCCACUAUUCCACGCCAAUGGGUGGAGCUUUCCGUGGGGGAUGGCGGCGGUUGGUGGUACCAACAUCUGCAUCCGGAAAUUUGAUGCAUCUAGUAUCUACGGCUUGAUCAAGAGACACGGAGUCACUCACAUGUGUGGUGCACCUGUAGUACUAAACAUGCUAACAAACUCACCCGACAAUGAACCACUCAAAAGACCCGUUCAUAUCUUAACAGCAGGAGCUCCACCUCCGGCCGCUGUGCUAUUCCGGACCGAGUCACUGGGUUUUGUGGUGAGUCAUGGGUACGGGUUAACAGAAACGGCAGGACUCGUUGUGUCGUGUGCUUGGAAACCGAAAUGGAACACGGUACCAGCAAGUGAAAGAGCUAGAUUAAAAGCAAGACAAGGAGUGAGAAUUGCUGGGUUCACAGAGAUAGAUGUGAUUGACCCAAAAACGGGACUGAGUGUUAAAAGGGACGGAUUAUCACUAGGUGAGAUAGUGUUAAGAGGUGGCUGUGUGAUGAUGGGUUAUCUGAAAGACCCAGACGGGACAUCAAAGUGUUUGAAAGACGACGGGUGGUUUUACACAGGAGACGUAGGAGUGAUGCACCCAGAUGGCUAUCUAGAGAUCAAGGAUAGAUCCAAAGAUGUGAUAAUCAGUGGUGGAGAGAACAUAAGCAGCGUGGAGGUUGAGUCAGUGUUAUACAGCAAUCCGGUGGUUAACGAGGCGGCUGUCGUGGCUAGACCUGAUGAGUACUGGGGAGAGACACCCUGUGCGUUCGUGAGCUUGAGAGAUGGGGCGAGGGAAAAAGUGAGUGAGAAGGAUAUAAUAGAAUAUUGCAGAGAGAAGAUGCCGCAUUAUAUGGUGCCUAAAACUGUGGUGUUUAAAGAAGAACUGCCCAAAACUUCAACUGGGAAGAUACAGAAGUUCGUGCUAAGAGAUAUUGCUAAAGCGAUGGGUGCUUCAAAGGUGAGUCGGAUGUAGAGUUGAAUCGGUCGAGUUGAUUUUCACUUGCCACGAUUCCUGUAGCUUUCCAUUUGUAUUUUUCCAGGCAAUAAUCGAUUUGAUGUGAUGUUUCAUCCUUAUGAAAGCUAAAAGCAAAAUCCAUUCUGAAGGA